GGAAAGCGAGCGGAGCAGCGGCGACGAGCUGGACGUGCCGUCUCCCAGCAGGACUGCGCCCCUCCGGCCCGACCCAGGCGGGGGUGCCGCCAACGGGGACGCGGCGUCGAGGGCCAGCGAUGCGAUCCAGGCGGCGUCACCCGACUCGCCCAUCUUCUGGGACCGCGAGGAGGACGCGGGGCACAGCCCGCAGAGCGACGCUGCGCCUGGGACGCCGCCCGAGCCAGGCGAGCCGCGUGCCGCCCGCGCCGCCAGCCCGGGCCAGGCGGCCGAGGCGAGCCGAGCGCCGCCGGGCAGCCCGAGCCAGGAGGGAAGCGGCACACCGCCGUGGCCCCUCGGAGAGGCUAGCUCCGCCUCGGCGGACGGGGCGAACAGCGAGCAGUCCACCGGCGAGGAGCCCUCCGGCUCGCCGGGCGCGGCGGGCGCGGCGCCACCGCGCUGGGAAGCCAAGGACGGCGGCGACUGGGCAGAGGCGGCGCGCCGGGAGGCCGAGGCUAGGAGUGGCCUCCAGCUCGUCGAGACCUUGAAGGCUGAGAACGAGCAGCUGAAGCUCGAGCUGGAGAAGGCGAGAGCUGAGCUGAAGCUCGUGAAGGCCGACGACGACGGCUCCAAGCCGUCCGGUGGCGAAUCGCCAGGCGCCGGCGCGGGCGAGCGGGCGGGCGGGCCCCCCGACAAGCCGGAGGCGCACAGGGCGGUGGAGAUGACGGCCUUGGAGGAGAGCGCCAUGCGCGAGCUGGAGGACGUGCAGGGGGACCUCCGGAGCGAGCUCAUCAAGAUGUGGGAGGCCGAGAUGAACAGCCGCAUACGCGACAUGGACCAGUGCAUGGCCUUCCAGGCCAGGCUCAAGGACUCGCUAUGGCAGGUCGAGCGGCGCGGCAGGGAGGAGCGCCGGGAACACGAGCGGCUGCUGGAGCGGAGGUUGCGGGACUACCAGGCGCGCUGGUCCGACGAGAUGAGGCCCCUCCACGAGGAGGUCCUGCGCCUCCGCAGCGGCGCUCGGCGGGCCGAGGAGCGCGCCGCGCGGGCGCGGGCGCGCGGCGCCACCGCCGCGUUCGCCGAGGUGCCGCAGGGCUCGCCCUCCCAGGAGCGGCGGGCGAGCUCCGAGGCGUGCGCGCGGGCGUCGCCCGAGGAGCAACCGGCGCCUCUGCGCGAGGCGCCGCGGGCGCGGCGUGUGGCGUUCGAGAUCGACGACCCGCCGGCCUCCGACGAAGGCGGAGACUUGUCAGCUCCCGCGCAGGACUGCGCACCGCCGUUCCCGUGCCCCGCCGACCAGCGGGGCGCCGCGGGCGGCGCGGCGGGGCAGGCGCUGGCAAGGUGGGCGAGCCCCGGAGGCUCUGGCCUCCCGGGCGCCCCCGCGGCCGCCCUUCCGCCCGCGGCGCCGGGCCGCACGGGCGACGCCUUGGCCGCGCUCGCGGCCAGCUCACCCCCCACGGCCGCCGCCAGGUCGCCAGCGCAGCCCCCCGCGCAGGCCGCGUGGCCCGAGGCGCCACCGCGCACGGCCUCGCCUGGCGGCGCGGGCACGCCGCCAGGCGGCGGGAGAUCCAGGCCGCUGGUUGUCCAGUUCCAGGUGCCCGUGGUGCAACUCGAGGCGGAGCGCGCGGGGCUGCGCUCGGCCUCGCCGCCGCAGGCCCCGCCGCCACUGCUGGCGCCGUCGCUGGGCAGCCCGGGCUCCCUGGGCACAGCCGCCGCUCCGCCGCGCUCUGCCAGCCCGGCCCCGCGGCAGGCGCAACCGCCCGUCUGCCCGGGCGGCCCGGGCUGGCCGAGUUUCGACUGGUCCCAGCGCAGCGCCAGCCCCAGCGCGGCGCAGCGCAGCGCGGCCCCGGCGGGAGGCC